CUCCGGCCAGCAUUGGCGGAAGUAGGGGGCGGUACUUCCGCCUGCACGAAGAUGGCGGCGCUGUGAGUGUGUGAGAGAGCCGGGUGACGGGCUGAGCGGAGGAGACGCAGACAUGGCCGUCAGCAUGGCGUCUCAGUUUUUCUCCCAAGAUGAGGGGGCACCAGAUGUAAUGUCCACCUCUGAGAAGGUUGUGGAAUUGUUGAACACGGCUGCUCUCGCCACAAAUGACUCCAAAAUUACCAUGCUGAAACAGGUUCAGGAGCUUAUAAUAAACAAGGAACCGACCCUGCUGGAUAACUUUCUGGAUGAAAUCAUCGCUUUCCAGGCAGAUAAAUCUGUAGAAGUUCGGAAAUUUGUUGUCAAUUUCAUUGAAGAGGCAUGUAAGCUGGAUAAUGAGCUCUUGAUUAAAUUAAUUGCCAAUCUCCACAUGCUCCUAAAGGAUGAGAAUGUCAAUGUGGUGAAAAAGUCCAUUCUGACCAUGACCCAGCUGUACAAAGUGGCUCUUCAGUGGGUCGCCCGGUCUCGCCCACCGUCAGAUCAUCAGGAGUCGUGCUGGGAUCUGGUGACUGAGAUGGCGGCAGACAUCCUUCUCCUGCUGGAGUCUGACAAUGACGGGAUUCGCACCCAUGCAGUGAAGUUUGUGGAGAGUUUGAUUGUCACUUUAUCCCCCCGUACUCCAGACAGCGAGAUCCCCAAGAGACAGGAGGGAGACAUCAGCCUGGAGCAAAUCCCUGGAGACCACCCCUUUCUGAAAUCCAACUAUUUGCGGGACAUUGGGAAACAGGCUCUGAAAGAACUGCUGAAAUUCAUGGCCCACCCUGCGAUCUCCAGCAUCAAUCUCACUGCGGCCCUCGGCUCUUUGGCAUCGAUAGCCCGCCAGAGGCCAAUGUUCAUGUCGGAGGUCAUCCAGGCCUAUGAAACGCUGCACGCCAACCUGCCCCCAACUCUGGCUAAAUCCCAGGUGAGCAGCGUCCGAAAAAACCUGAAGCUGCAGCUGCUGAGUGUCCUCCGGCACCCGUCGUCCUGUGAAUACCAGGGGCCCAUCAGCACCCUUCUGCUGGAUCUGGGGACCGGACAGGGAGAGAUUACCCGUCACUUACCACCACCUAGGGAGCUGGGCCGCAAAAGGCCCAGAGAAAGUGGGGAAGGAGGACAGAAAAAGAGCCGGACUGACCCCCCGUUAGCUGAUGAUGAAGAUGAAAAGGACACGAUAUCCCAUCCUCCGAUUCCCGCGUCUGCUCCCAGCGCUCUGUCUGCUACAGAUAUCACCGCAGAGUUUCUGCAGCCGCUACUCACCCCGGAGAGUGUAGCCAACCUGGUUCUCAUCAGUAUGGUCUACCUGCCGGACACCAUGCCGGCCUCCUUCCAGGCCACCUAUACUCCAGUGGAGUCUGCUGGAACCGAUGCUCAGAUCCGGCAUCUAGCGCGACUUAUGGCCACACAGAUGACCGCUUCAGGAAUUGGUCCAGGUGUGGAGAAGGUGAAGGAGCUUCCAGUCGAGGUUGUGGAGGAGGAAAGUGUGAAGCCGGAGGGACUGGUGAUCAAGCGACGGGUUUCCUCCCUGCCCACUCAGGGGCAGGCCAUCUCUGUUUUGGGGUCUCAAGCUAAGGGUGAAAAGGAUGAGGACGAUGAAGCCCCUCUUGCCAAAAAACGUCCUGAGCCUAUACUGCCGGUGACGCAGAUUCGGCCGGCUGGAUCCGGAGGACGCAAAAAGGUCUUUAAGCUCAAAGAAGUCCUGGAGCCGAUGACAGAAGCUCAGAUCAGAAGCCUGAAACUGGCAGCGGUGCAGAGAAUCCUACAAGCAGAGCGCAGUGUGGGGGGCAGCGCCGCAGCCCAGAUGCGUGUGAAGGUUCUAGCACGCCUGGUAACCCAUCUGGAUACAUCCCUGAAGGUUGAAGUCUUGUCCCACUUUCUGAGGGAUCCCCGGGCCCGGCUGGAGCUGGCGCUGGCAUGGCUGUACCAGGAGUACUGCGAGUAUCAGUCGGGGGCAGGAGAGCAGGGCUAUCAGGAGUGUCUGAUCGGCAUUCUGACUGGUCUACAGGAGCGUCCUGACCAGAAAGAUGGGGUCUUCACCAAAUUUGUGCUGGAGGCUCCCCUGCUGACAGACUCUGCGCUGGACGUUAUCCGGAAAUACUGCGAGGAUGAGGGUCGCAGUUAUUUGGGGAUGUCGACGUUGCGGGAUCUGAUCCUCACUCGUCCUGCUCGGCAGUUCCAGUAUUUGCAUCUUCUUCUGGACCUAAGCUCUAAUGAGAAGGACAAGGUCCGUCAGCAGGCGCUGCUCCUCGUUAAGCGGAUGUAUGAAAAGGAAAGUCUCCGUCAGUACAUAGAGAAAUUUGCCCUUAAUUACCUCCAGCUGCUGGUCCACCCUAACCCCCCCUCGGUGCUCUUUGGGGCAGAUAAGGACACAGAGGUGGCGGCCCCCUGGACGGAGGACACUGUGAAACACUGUCUGUACCUGUACCUGGCCCUGCUUCCCCAGAAUCACAAACUGAUCCAUGAGCUGGCAUCCGUCUACACCGAGGCCACCGCAGACAUCAAGAGGACUGUCCUUAGAGUCAUCGAGACCCCGAUCCGAGGCAUGGGAAUGAACUCCCCGGAGCUGCUCCUGCUAGUGGAGAAUUGUCCCAAGGGUGCGGAGACACUGGUGACGCGGUGUCUGCACAUCUUAACGGAUAAAGUUCCACCCUCCCCUGAGCUAGUGAAACGCGUCAGAGAGCUGUACCAAAAGCGUCUCCCAGAUGUGCGCUUCCUGAUUCCGGUGCUCAAUGGUCUGGACAAGAAAGAGGUCAUUCAGGCGUUGCCGAAACUCAUCAAGCUCAACCCUAUUGUUGUGAAAGAAGUGUUUAAUCGGUUGCUGGGUACACAGCACGGUGAUGUCAGUUCUUCCAUGUCUCCUCUCACACCUGGAGACCUUCUCGUGGCUCUCCACAGCAUUGAUUCCAGCAAAUGUGACAUGAAAUCUGUCAUUAAGGCUACGAACCUGUGUUUCUCUGCGCGCUCAGUGUACACCUCUGAGGUCCUGGCCAUCGUUCUUCAGCAGCUGAUGGACACCACCCCACUUCCCAUGCUUCUUAUGAGGACAGUCAUCCAAGCUCUUGGAAUGUACCCACGACUAGGAGGCUUCAUCAUGAACAUCCUUACCCGUCUCAUCUACAAGCAGGUUUGGAAGUACCCCAAGGUGUGGGAGGGUUUCAUUAAAUGUUGCCAGAGAACGAAACCUCAGUCUUUCAGUGUCCUGCUGCAGCUGCCCCCGCCGCAGCUCCUGUCUGUUCUCCAGACGUCCCCUGAUCUCCGCGACCCCCUCUUGGCUCAUGUCAGAAGUUUUACACCUAACCAGAUGGCUCAUGUCCCACACGCUAUUAUGGUAAUUCUAGAAGCUGAAUCCAGAACUGACCCAGAUGUAGAAGAGUAUCCACAGCCCGUAGAGGCAACAGAACCCCCAGCACAGGACCUCAUCGCCCGACGUCUCGCCCAAGAGAAAUCCUUGAAACGACAGAUUCUGGAGGAGCAGAAAGGAAAAAACACCCAAGAGGUGGAGGAGGAGAUGGACCUUCCUAUUCUCUUAUUAGAAGAGGAGGAGAUGAUCACGAAACCCUCUGGGAAAGGGUCUCCUCCAGGCGAGGCGGAGAACCCAGUGACCACCGCCACACACUCGCCGCCCCCUGAGGAACCUAUGGAAGAGGACCCAGCGCCGAAAGAGGACUAGACCCCCAGAAGAGCGAUCUCUCCAGCAGCAGCUACCCAUUGUCAUAGCAACCAACAACCAAUAAAAACCUCCGCCUGUAA